CAUGAUCAUCACAUUCAUGUGAACUGCACCAUUGAUUUGAUAGAAUCAUGUGAAUCGAACUAAAUAGGAUAUUGAUCCUCUCCCCUCCUUUUAGGUAAAGCAAUCAAGUUUUAAAUACCCCAAAAGCUUCAAUGGCUGCUAAAAAGUAACUGCAAUUAACUGAAAACCGCCCUUAUUUGGCACGCCAUUAACUUUCUUUCACACACACUGCUCAAGUCUUUACCAUUAUACAACUCAAUGAUAAGUACUAUCUGAAACCUAUAUAUGGGAUUAAUUUCAUGCCGAUUUGAACUCUAGAGACCUAUUGAAUGUGACCUUUUUACAAUACCAGAAUUUGGUUGAAACCCUAAAAAUUAAUUGUGAUAAAAGGAGUGAUGGUUUACAAAUGUUAUGUUAAUUACUUUUGCUGUAUGCGCAACGAUUUGAUCCUCUACAGGCAUGAACAUAUUUUCAUCAUCAUCAUAAAAAAGAAAAAAAAAGAAAAGAAGAAGAUAACCUAACAGAUCUAAUCUGAAUCUAAAUUCAUGAGCAACUCACCUGUCCUUUCACAUGUUCUUCACCCUUUAUCUUUGACAACCCUAUUCUAAUCCCUUCUUAAAUUUAUUGCAUUCACCAUUCUCUUGCCUUUCCCUUUUCCCUUUUCAAAAGGAGUACCAUCAGUCAGUAUAAAAAAUGCCCUUUAUAAACCUAUUCUCUGUAUAUCAAAGUUCAUAAAACAAAGGGCUCUCCCAGCCUUUACAUGAAAUCUAUUCAGCUUCUUUUUCAACCUUGUGUUCUGUUUCUUUUCUUUUCCCGUAAGUAAUCCCUAGGUUACUUUAAUGCUAAUGGCAAACACCAAUGUUUACCUUACACUUUUGCUUCUCUUAAGCGUCCUAAAAUGGGUUCAAUCAACACCACACUCAUCAACCAACUACGUUCAAGAUGCAUGCAGUGUAACCCGAUACCGUGCCCUUUGCAUCAACACACUAGCACCCUUUUCCAGCACUGCGAAAACAAGUCCAAGCAAAUGGGCACGGGCUGGGGUUUCAAUCACCAUUGGAGAAACCAAGAAAGUCACUCAAUACUUAAUGAAAGUGAAGAAUUACAGAACGAUGAAAGGGAGUUACAAAAUCCCACUCUCGGAUUGCAUCGAGUGUUUACAAGAUGCUAUCGACCAACUACACGGCUCACUUGGGGUUCUCAGGAAGCUUAAUGCCAGAAAUUUUUACGCACAAAUGGGGGACAUAACCACAUGGUUGAGUGCAGUUCUUACUGAUCACGAAACUUGCUUAGAUGGUUUCGAGAAUCCGAGAGGAAAACAAGCCAAAAUGGUGCGGAAUCGGGUUUUGAGGUCCUCGUAUUUUACUAGUAAUGCAUUGGCUUUGGUCAAUAAACUUGCUACCUCUGGGUUGGACAAUACGGUAGCAUGAUAUGUAUUCAGUAUAGUAAUAAGAGCCACCAGGCAUCAACUAGUCUUUUGUUUCCAUGCAGCCAUGUAUGAAUUGAAUAUUAAUAGCUUGUUCAUGUGAUUCGUAAA